AUGUCGAUGACGCCUUCACCUCCGACACCGACGACUCCACGUAAGCGCAGCUCUUCCAGCGAAGAUCUGGAGCCGCAUAGCAAGCGACAGAAGACCGAUACCCAGACACCCGUACCCGCCGCCGCCGCCACCGCUAAUGACGAGCCUUCAGUACCCUGCGCGACCAAGGUCACCAUCCCUUCUCUCGAUUACCAGGCGAAAAGCGGCCUAGAACGGAGUAUCGGAUUGGCACUGCAACAUGUAGGCUUUGAUGCCGCCACCCCGGAAGCCAUGGAAGGGUUUCUGGGAACGGUAGAAACCUACAUGGCCUCCUUCAUCGAAGAUCUCAAGCGCGUCGCCCUUUCCGCGCGGCGUGAGCAGCCAACACCGGCCGACUUCGAGUCCACGAUGCGACGCUUCACCCUCAAGACCAAGGCGCUCAAGCCCCAUAUCCGCCAUCCCGUGCCAAAAGCUAAACUCGAGACGGAAUACUUCAACCCAUUAGUUGAGGACCCAGACGCGUACACAACUUUACCACUCCUCGGCGAGGAGCUGAGUGGCAAGCCCGAAAAAGAAGCCAAGUCGUACAUCCCGAAAUCAUUUCCCGAUUUCCCAAGCAAACAUACCUACAAGUACACACCUCAAGAGGACGAUAGCGGACGGGACCCCCAGAAGACGAGAGAAGAGGCAGCAAAGGCGUCCAAGCAGGGAGAGGAGGCCCUCCGGGGCUUGGUGCGGGCGGCAAAGGUCCGAAAGCAAAAGGAGAUCAGGUCGUUAUCGGAGCGUGAUCCGAUGACCAAGGAGCGCUACUCACUCUGGGCAGCCGCUAUGGAGGGAUUUGUCAAGAAGGAAGGCGGCGCAACAGGGCAGCUCGAGAUUGCUGACCAUAGCAUGAUUGUCAACUCGGAUGCGCGGUAUCUGCGCAGGGAGGUGCAGCGGCAGAGCAAGCGAGCCGCUGGCCAAAGCUAG